AUGAGAACUCCACCAUCGUGUUCCUUCCACCUGCAGGCGAGGAGGGGAAGAGGGAAGCAGGGGACGAGGGGGUUACAGCUGCCUGAGCUGCUCAUGGUGCGGCUGGCAAUGGGAGUGUGUCAAGACGGGGAAACCAUCGUCCUGCCAGCAGCCCCAGCGCCCAGCAAGGGAGAAGCUGCCACGGGGGAAGCGACUCAGGCGUCGGCACCAGAGGCAGGGGGGGAGAGCGCGAACAGCGGGCUGCCCGCAGAGAAGCCGAGUGGGGAGGUGGCAGGGAGGGUGAGCGUGCGAGCACACGUGGUGGCGCAGCUGCUGGUGCAGGUGCUGGAAAGGGACGUGUUCUACGAGCUGCGCACUGUGCAGCAGCUGGGCUACAUCGUUUUCCUCAUGUCUCGCAACGAGAAUGCAGUUCACGGCAUCACCUUUAUCAUCCAAUCAAACGUUAAGUCAGCGAGCGACCUGGACGGGCGGGUGGAGGCGUUUCUGCAGGCAGCAGAGAGCAAGCUGGCCGGUAUCACUGAGGAGGAGUUCCAGACCCAUGUGGCAGCGCUAGUGGCGAAGAAGCAGGAGAGGAAGAAGAAUCUGGUGGAGGAGGCGAAUGUGAUGUGGAAGGAGAUCGACGAUGCCAUGCUGGCCUUUGACCGCGUUGACCAGGAGGUGGCGGAGCUCCGAUUGCUGCGCCCAUCCCACGUGGCGCAUUUCUUUGCCUCUGUGGUGAAGCGAGGCGCACCCAAUAGGAGGCUGCUCAGCGUGCAGGUGCAGAGGCAUGAGAAGGAAGCAGCACCCGAGGAAGCAGCAACAACCUGUUCAGUGGAAAACGCCACCGAGCCUGCUGUGGAUGGAUCAGACAGCACUGCUCCCGUCUGUGCCGUAAGCCCUGAGAGUGGAGCAAGUGAUUCUGCCAGUGGAGGCAACGAGCGAGCGAAAGAGUCGGUGGAAGUAUCAAGCAAGGAGAAGAGGGAAGUCAUUGACAACAUUUAUGACUUCAAGCGCUCCCAGGCUCUUUAUCCUUCGCUCAAGGGAAGGCCACUUCCGUCUGGAAUUGUAUCAUCAUCUUAA